UACAGACCGGGACAGUCUGCGGCACUCCGGCCCGCUGCCCUGUAAUAUGCCAGACAGAACACAUGGAAGAUUCAGGACAGGUCUCACGAAAUAUGCUUGCUCAUACAAGAAACUAAAUGGAUCAGACUUUCCGCGACCAACUGGUGCAAGACACACCUUUUCUAAUAAGUAAUGGCAGAUUAAGUGAACAGGAGGUUGAUAAAAUUAUCCUCCAGCUAAACAGAUACUAUCCACAAAUUCUCACCAAUAAAGAAGCAGAAAAGUUCAGAAAUCCCAAAACAUUGCUCCGUGUACGUUUGACCCACUUGCUAAAUCAUCUUCAGAAGAAAGGAGAACGUGAUUGUCAGGAAUUCUACCGAGCUUUAUACAUCAAUGCCCAACAUCAAUAUAACAGCUUGCCAAGCCGGAAAAUUAUGAAAACCUCAGAUUCCACAGAGAUAGACACUGACAAGGAGAAAUAUAAUCUAAAUGACAGGGGUCCCAUGUUCUUCCUUGCUUGCUUCAGUGUGGCUGCAGGAUUAGCAUUUUUAAUGUACUACCACCAACCAGAUCCCAAAGUCUUCAAGGGUGCCAGAAGGGUAAUGGGAUUCUCCCCAAUUAUCAUAGGAAAACACAUCAGUCCUUAUUUCUUGGCAUUUUUGGAAGACAACUUGGAGCAGUAAGGGACACGGUUCCAUCCAUCUCUUCUGCAUCUUCUGGAUCUCCUGCCACAUGCAAAACAGCAGUGCCCAUAUUUACAGCCUACCCGAAAUUCCUAUACCAAAGAAUUAGUUACCUUACUCUAGCAAUGAAGAUACUAUUCAGGGGUAUGUUCCAAAGGUUAGCUCUAUACCAUCUGCUUUUUCUGUAGGAGCAGAUUGUUUAUUUUUUUAACUUUUUAUUUUAAAAUAUUUAUCAUUUUGAUAGGUAGUUUUUUCAACCAUACCCAAAAAUAUGUUUCAGUGUAUCGACUAUCCAAAUAUUUAAAUGGAUGUAGGUCUCCAUAGCCAUGUUAGCAUGUUUUUUGUCUUUUUUUAAAAAAUGUAAAAGUUUUGAGGAUUUAUUUAACUGCUUCUUAAAGGUCAAUUUUACAAGGACACUUUAAAGACUACCAAAAGCCUUAUUAAGCAUAAGACAGGUGUUUUUCUGUAAUUGCCCCUUCUGUCCAUGCACCAGAAUCUGAGAGAUAGGUACCUAGGUCUCAUUCUGUGCCACAAAAGCAUGGUAGGGCUUCUUAACUCCCUCUUGUGUCUCUUCUUAGUCUUUAUUUGGGGAACCUUGUUCCAAAUACCAACCUCCAUUAUUAUCUAUUAAACUACAGGUGAUCGUUUGUUAAACUGGUGCCAAGUCAGAUGGACCUACCUUGUUGAUUCUUUUGGGCACUGACUCCAGCACUUUUCCAUGGUAAUGAAAGACAGUCCUGACAAUGAAAGUUUCUUUUUUUUUUCCUGAGAUGAGAAACUGAGUGGGAAUGUGCCAGGAGAGUUUGGAAGGUUUCUGAUAAGUUAUGUAUCUGAAAGGACCUCCACAUGAAUAGUUCAAGUUAGCAGCAUACUUAUAAAUAGCAGAAGGAGCAUAAAUUCCUUUGUUUGGGUUUAAAUAGGGUGUUUUCAGGACAUCAAAAGUAUUUUUUUAACUCUCCCACAUGUACCUGUUUUGCAACAGGUAGGGGGAGUAUUAAUUAAGUCAAACCUAAUCAUUCUUUUGUUAUUGCAGCAUGAAGCCUUUAAACAAGAUCUAAAUAAGCAAAAAGAGUUUGAGACUUAAGGAGGCACAGCUGUCUAACACGAUUUAAAAUGAGAGGAUUUUUCCAGAGUAUUUUUGCUUGAAUGGAAAUUCUUUAAAAAACCCAAAGGCUGUUAGCUUUGGGUUAGGAAUCUGAUCUCAGGCCUAUUCAUAAACCUGUUUAUCCUUCACGUUUAAGGUCAUACUUAAAGGAAAUUGAGGUAUGGGGGAAAUCCAGUGUAUAGACAAUUUAGCAAAGUGCAGUGCAGCACUUGACUAUAGGGGGGAUGUUGAUUUUAAUUGUUUUGGUGUGAGCUGUGUUCACCAGCUGAGAAUGGUAGGUGUUUGUUUUUGGCAGGGUAAACUGAGUUAGUGGGAUUGCUUCACUUAAGGGAAAACUAUGUUCUCACCCUAGUUAGCCAAGGGGAAACAGGGUGAUAUCUCAUUUCCUUUUUCUUUCGAGUAUCAGCUUUAAAAAACCAUGGAAUGAUGGUAAUGGCAAGGUAAUUUAUUCCAGAAACUCUUUUAGACUUUUCUCCCACCUGUCCUUAGCUUAGUGUAAUUUUAAAAUUCCAGCAGAUGGACUUAAGAGAAAAAUUAUGUAUUAAAUACUUUGGUGUACCAUACAUUAUCUAACUGGGCAUUACCUUUCUAUACACCCACACUUAUAUGAUAUUCUUGACAUGAAUAGCUUUUUAUUGGCGUAAUGGCAGGGAGGAGAGAAGAGGGACAGAUAUUCAUUCAUUCAUUCAAUCGUAUUGAGCGCUUACUGUGUGCAGAGCAUUGUACUAAGUGCUUGGGAAGUAGAUAUGAACUUUCACUGAACUUCAGAGUUUCUCUGCAUUACUAAAAAUGACAUUUUCAAUUGUACAGCGAAAUAUGAUCAAAUUUGAAGGAUAGUCCUGCAUGAUGACCCAGACAAAAGCACAAAAUGUAGAAUUUUGCAUUUUAGCAGUAUAAGGCAUUUCCAAAGUAAUAGUUGGGAUUUCAGAUUGGGAUUUCAUUUUCCCAUAAAUAGAAGGAAGGUGAAGUGUGGUCAUCCAAGCUCAUAAAAUUCUUAGUACUUUUAAACAGAAUGGCAUUACCAGUGCUCCACAAAAUCAAGAUGUUGUGCAAGUGAUCUGUGUAGUCUCCUGACCAACAAGUGUAGAGAUUAAAUGAUCAUUGGGCCCCUCCUAUUAAGACCCCUGUCACAUUUCUGCACAAUAGUCAUGAUUGUGACAACGUCAGAACAUCCUGAAAACUGUUACUCACUGUCUAGGAAGCCACCCAAAAAUGGGAUUUUUCAUUUGUAUGAUUUCCUAACAAGAGACUAAGUUUUUCUCUGCCUCUCUCCUUAAGUCUCUUGAGAGUUUGAGCAAAAACCAAAUAGCAUUUUCCUCAGCCAAAAAUGACCACUGAUACAUUCUUUAAUCUGCUUAUUAUAUAAAAAAAACUCAAAUAAAUCCUCUGCAGAACUUAGCAUCUAUUGGUCUGUGUAUGCCAAAAUAAUUUUCAAAAAAAAAUACCUUAUAAGAGUCGGCCAUGUGCUGUUUGUGCUACAAAUGCUUCAUGAGGUUGUGUGAUCUUAACCAAAUGAAAUUUAAUGCAGGCAAAAUGUGAUGUAAUGCUAAGCCUCUUGUCUCUGGGAAUGUAAAUAACCUAUCUUAGAUGUUGUCUCCUAUAUGGGAUACUGUUCAAUUGUAACUUGUGAUACAUUAAUACCGAAUUCUAUGUAAAGUUAUUUUAAUAAAAAAUAAAUGUUUUUAAAGAUGA